ACACAGAGCAGCCCCUGACCCGGGCGAAUGCGGGCUUGUGUUGCCGCCGCCGCUGCCGCCGCCGUCCGGGCCGAGUGACAAAGGAAGGAAGGCAGGCAGGAAGGAAGGAAGGAAGCAAGGAGGAGCCGGUCCCACAGCCGCUGACAGGGCUCCGGACUGGGGGCAAAGCGCGGACACUUCCUGAGCAGGCACCGAGCAGAGGCGAGGGGCGGGAGGGCGGCCGCGCUGGUGCCGUGGACGGGGGAGGGGGCCCCGAGGGACCGAAGCGGUUGCUGGGUUCCCAUGUCCCCGGCGUAUGGGGAGCAGUCGAGGAGCCGCUGCCUGGGAUCUGAAGGGAGCUGCCGCCGCCGCCGCCAUGGCCGCUGGAUCCAGCCGCCGCCCGCAGCUGCUCCUGGCGCAAUGAGGAGAGGAGCCGCCGACACCGCCCGCCUCUGACCGACUCGCGACUCCGCCGCCCUCCAGGUCGCCGGGCCCCCGCCGCCAGCCCGCCCGCCAGAUCCCGCCGCUGCCCGAGCCGCAGCGUUUCCCGUCGCAUCUCCGAGCCGCCCCCUCCCUCUCCCUCCCUCCUUCCCAUCCCCCUUCUUUUCAAGCGUGAGACUCGUGAUCCUUCCGCCGCUUCCCUCCUUCAUUGACUCGGAAAAAAAAUCCCCGAGGAAAAUAGAAUCUUCAAAGUACUUAUUUUCAAUCAAGUAUUUGUCCCCGUUUCGCGUGAUAUAUAUCUCUCUAUAUAUAUUUUUUAGGAUCCACCCUCCCCCUUUCUCUCCUCCAAGGAAAGGGAGGGGAAUGAAUUGUAUUUUUUCCCCCCUAGUCCCAAAUCAUCUAUGUUAAAUACCCAUACUGAUCUGUCUUGAAGGAGAAAUACAUCGCUCGUUUUUUAAAUAGCUAUACAAAAGGAGUGGAAAAAAACCCAAGAGAACGAAGUCUUUUUCUUUUUCUUGUGGGAGAACUUAAUGCUGCUUUUGUCAUUAACCUAACAUCCCAACAUACAACAAAAGGAAGAGGAGGAGGAAGGAAGGAAAAGAAGGUGAUUCAGGAAGAGAGUGAUCAUGUCAGGGCGGCCCAGAACCACCUCCUUUGCGGAGAGCUGCAAGCCAGUGCAGCAGCCUUCGGCGUUUGGCAGCAUGAAAGUUAGCAGUGCAUUGGAUAAAAAGAACAAGACACGGUUUCCUGUCACUAAGUUUGCAGGAGACAAGGAUGGCAGUAAGGUGACCACAGUGGUGGCAACUCCUGGGCAGGGUCCAGACAGGCCGCAAGAAGUCAGCUAUACAGACACUAAAGUGAUUGGAAAUGGGUCAUUUGGUGUGGUAUAUCAAGCCAAACUUUGUGAUUCAGGAGAAUUGGUUGCCAUCAAGAAAGUAUUGCAAGACAAGAGAUUUAAGAACCGAGAGCUCCAAAUCAUGAGAAAGCUAGAUCACUGUAACAUAGUCCGAUUGCGUUAUUUCUUCUACUCAAGUGGUGAGAAGAAAGAUGAGGUCUAUCUCAAUCUGGUGCUGGACUAUGUUCCGGAAACAGUAUACAGAGUUGCCAGACACUAUAGUCGAGCUAAACAGACGCUUCCUGUGAUCUAUGUCAAGUUGUAUAUGUAUCAGCUGUUUCGAAGUUUAGCCUAUAUUCAUUCCUUUGGAAUCUGCCAUCGGGAUAUUAAACCACAGAACCUCUUGUUGGACCCUGAUACAGCUGUAUUAAAACUCUGUGACUUUGGAAGUGCAAAGCAGCUGGUCCGAGGAGAACCCAAUGUUUCGUAUAUCUGUUCUCGGUACUAUAGGGCACCAGAGUUGAUCUUUGGAGCCACUGAUUAUACCUCUAGUAUAGACGUAUGGUCUGCAGGCUGUGUGCUGGCUGAACUGUUGCUAGGACAACCAAUAUUUCCAGGGGACAGUGGUGUGGAUCAAUUGGUGGAAAUAAUCAAGGUUCUGGGGACACCAACAAGGGAGCAAAUUAGAGAAAUGAACCCAAACUACACAGAAUUCAAAUUUCCUCAAAUUAAGGCACAUCCUUGGACUAAGGAUUCAUCAGGAACAGGACAUUUCAACUCAGGAGUGCGGGUCUUCCGACCCCGAACUCCACCAGAGGCAAUUGCACUGUGUAGCCGUCUGUUGGAGUAUACACCAACUGCCCGAUUGACACCACUGGAAGCUUGUGCACAUUCAUUUUUUGAUGAAUUACGGGACCCAAAUGUCAAACUACCAAAUGGGCGAGACACCCCUGCACUCUUCAACUUCACCACUCAAGAACUGUCCAGUAAUCCACCUCUAGCUACCAUUCUUAUUCCUCCUCAUGCUCGGAUUCAAGCAGCUGCUUCAACCCCAACAAAUGCCACAGCAGCCUCAGGUUGAAAACCCUUCUAACAGAAAAGGGAAUCAUGAUAGGAGUUGGACAAGAUGCUAAUGCUGGAGACCGUGGACAGACCAAUAACGCUGCUUCUGCAUCAGCCUCCAACUCCACCUGAACAGUCCCGAGCAGCCAGCUGCACAGGAAAAACCACCAGUUACUUGAGUGUCACUCAGCAACACUGGUCACGUUUGGAAAGAAAAUUAAAAAGAGAAAAAAAAAACCUGUUCAUUUUAGUGUUCAGUUUUUUUAUUAUUGUUGUUAUUAUUUAACCUUGUAAAAUAUCUAUAAAUACAAACCAAUUUCAUUGUAUUCUCACUUUGAGGGAGAGCCAGGGGUGGGAGGGUUCGGGGGAGGGAAAGCGGAGCACCAGAACACGAUCUCUCUCCCACGACAAUCUUAUCAGAAGUCUGCUGUUGGAUACUUUAAAAACAGGACUCCUGCUUCAUGCCCCUUCCACAAAAGAAGAAAACUUUGUUCUGUGCUGAAGUUUUUUUGAACUUUUUUCUUUUAAAGUCAAGUGUAAGACUUGGUAUAGUGCACAGCUUGAAAUUGGUUGGGAGCUUAGCAGGUGUAACUCCAUGGGGACUUAAAUGUCACUUGUAAAAUUAAUCCAUAUCCUGGGGCGUUCGAAGACUUGCCUUUGGCAUGUUGGUGGCAGGUGUGGCAGACAAAAAAAAAAAAAAAGGAAAUGUGUAUCCUUUGUAACCCUGGGAGGUCAAUAAAGUUAGAAGCUGUAAGGGGAAGAUUCUUAAUUGAUUUGUUAAAGUUCUGUUUUGCUCUUCAUCAAUGCUAGUGGUGGGGGAACUUGUGUAAGAGGCUGUCGGGAGGAGCAUGCCUGUGCUUCCUGUGGAUCUCUGUUUGCCUGGCCAAAGGUUCUCUGCAAACCUUAGUACGGUUGUAAACUAGUGACCCAGGAGAAGGCUGACAAAGCGUUGAGCCGGCCACUCUGGCUGUGGAGGUCAAAAGUCGAUAAACCCGGAAGAAGGGACUGGCCAGGGCAGAUCUCACCACUGUGAAUGAAGUAUUCCAGAUUCUUCUCUAAAGUUGCUUCCCUUGGAAAGAUACACUUGAGAGGACAUUAUAGUUAAAUAAUGUGAACUGUCACAGUCUACUGGUUUAUUUUCAUAUUUUUUAAUUACAGAUUGAGCUUGCAGAAAUUGCCACGUUCUGCACAUAGUUCUAAUUUUAAAUCCAAAUCUAGAAUCUGUAUUUAAUUUCAGCUUUUUUUAACCUCAUGCUUUUUAAAUUUUAUUUAUUGAUGCAUGUGUCAGGCCAUUAUGAUUCUAGAUGAUAGGAAUAUUAAGAACUACGCAUCCAAAUGAUAUAAACAGUCACUAGUACCUGCUGACGUUAUAGGAAAGUGGAUUAUAUAAAUGUGUGUAUAUGUGUUAUGUAUAAUAGAUUCAGUACUGCCUUUUGUUUUUGUUUUCAUUUUGUCCACAGUAUCAAAAUUGACUGCUUGAAGAGUGAGAAGAAGAAUGAUUUCCCUAUACCCAGUUAAGAGUUUUGUUUGUUUUCUUUUCUGUAUCAGUGGAUGGUGUAAGAACCAGUCUCUGUUUUUGAAGAAAAAGCAAUAUUCCUUGGAAAGCAAGGAGGAUUGAAGGAUUAUGUUUGCAGUGAGGAAAUAGAUUUUUACAAAGAGUUUGUUUUACAUGUUUAAGGUUGACAUCUAUGUGGGCCUUAUAUACUCUAAAAUGAACCUUAGUCACCUUGGUGCUUAUGGGCCAUUACUUGACCUAUGAAUCUUUAAGGCACAACCAGUUGUACUUUACAUGUAAAGAUUACUUGAGUGAUGGCCGCCUUUCCCCGUACCUGCUCCUUCCCCACAUGCCUUCUACGGUUCACUGAGAGCUAGGGCUGCAGAGUUGGGUCCUAGGUUGUGUGUAACCUACCUUCCCCUUCUCAUUGCCACCUUAGGUCAUGUUAGGGGUCUCGCCCUCCAGGCGAUUUGGAAAUAGAGUCUCUUGACAGCCCUCAUGCUGGUCCCCAGAGCCUGUACUACUUACCCAAGUGUGUGUGACUCCCGGAGAGUCGACUGCCUGCUGAAGUGAACCAGUGCCAGAAAGGCAGCUGUGAGCCAUCGUCGUUUUCACUCACUGUUUAGCUGUGCUCUUAGGCCGCAGAAGGGGUUUCUCAAACCUCUGGUUGUAUCAGAGUUCAUGAGGAAGGAAGCAUCCUCGGUCAAACCAAAUCAAACGUAUUGAAUUUCAGUUUUCAUAAUGAGCCUCUAAGAGCUGAUUAAGAUUGGAAGGACGUCUGAGUGAAAGUAUUUGGCAACAUGAUACUAAAGGAACGGCUUUGAUAGGCCAUUUUCAGAAAAGAUUUAUAAAGAGGCCGAACAGCAGGUCUGUGACAGAAAUGGACCUGCUUUCAGACCACUGCCUGGCCAAACAUCUGGACAGACACUACUCUGUAUUUGGUAUAUCUGCCAGAGUCCAUAGAAACCUGUGCUUAUUUUACAAAAUACCUUCCCCCGAUAAAUGGGGUGAGAAAAGAGAAGAGUCUGAUGCUUUCCUCUCGUGUUGUGUGUGCGUGUCUGAGGGCUGAGGUGCGUGAUUUUUUUUCUUUCUCAAGGAUCAUGGCAGGAUCACAGAGCUUUUUUAUACAAGUGAGAUCCAGGUCUCUGCGUAUCUUUUUGUAAAUAAUAAAAUAAUAAUAAUAAUAAAAGCUCCUCACCAAAUUCAAGCUUGUACAUUAUAUUUUCUUUCGAUGUUUUUAAAUUUAAGUUUUAUUGUUUUGUAUGUAAAUAUGUGGACCCAGGAACUGUUAUUAAUGAGCAAAAAGUUACUGUUCAGGGCAGUGAUUCUGUUUAAUAAUCAGACAAAAUGUAGACGAGCUUUUUAAAGCCAUAUAGUUUUAACUCUGUACAGUAGGUACCGGCCUGUAUUAUUGUAACAAUAACUCUAGCAAUGUAUAGUGUAUCUAUAUAGUUUGGAGUGCCUUCGCUUCCAUGUGUUUAUUUGUUGUUUUUCAUUUUUUAAAUUUUAAUUGGUUUCUCUCUAUAUCCAUGUCUCCCUGUCCCCACCCUUUUUUUCCUAUGAAAUAAUAGCUCACUCAUAACACAGUGUCUGUGCCCCUUCACGGUGAAUUUCAGUGAUACCAUGCUCAGGAGUGGAAAGAGGAAACCAUGUUUAUAAUCUCCUGUCAUGUAAGCCCUGCCUUUGUUUUGGUUCUGAACAUACAUGUCUUCCUCAGUAGCAGUGACAGGUUUCAUUUCAUCCUUAGGCCAUCCAGGGACUCAGCGUAGUGCCAGGGAGCCCUAGAGCUGGAGGGUAUCAAUUAGAUUUUGCUCGUCUCUUCCCCAAACCCUAACCAUGGGUCUUACAGUCAGCAGAUUCCAUGCUCACUCUCCUCAUUUCCUUCCCCCCACAAAUGAGAGGGGAGAACUGGUUUUUGUAAGUCAGUUCCAUUGUAGCAUCGGGUUUUGCUAAUCAGUGGUCUGAAAUGCCAUGGUAAGAUGGCAGGCAGUAAUGCCGGAGUGUGUGCGAGGACUGUGGUUUAUAAGGGGACUCCGCCUGUCUGUCCUCCCGCCACCUCCACCCUUUCAGCAAAAUCUCAUUUUAAUUUCUUUUUGAAAAAAAUCAUUUGAAUUCUUACUGUGUGCCCAUCAUGAAGGCCUUUUUUGAAAGAAAAAAAUCAAAAUUACUUGUUUUGCCUCCAAGUACUCCAUAUGAGAUGUCUUGAAUAGAAGAAGAAAAUAAACUUUACCAAACCAAAGGUUCCUAUUUUUGAAACAUCAUGUGUUCAUUCCAGCAAGGCAGAGGACUGCACCUUCUUUCCAGUGACAUGUUGUCAUUUUUUAAAGUCCUCUUAAUUUUUAGAUACAUAUUUUUGGUGUGUGUUUUAACAAAGCUGCCUAACCAGUCAUCUGGUCUGCACCAAUGCAAAGGUUUCUGAGAGGACUAUUGUAUUCUCUAUCCCUGUGGAUAUAAAGACACUGGCAUUUUAUUUCUUUUUCCCUUUCCUUUUUAAGGGAUUUAACUUUGGAAUCUUCCAAAGGAAGUUUGGCCAAUGCCAGAUCCCCAGGAGUUUGGGGUUUUUUCUUUUCUUUUAAACAAAAAUUGUAACUGAUUCCUGUUGUUGUUCUUAGUGAUCAUCUAAUCACAGAGCCAAACACUUGUCCCGUCUAUAGAAAAAUAAACUAAGCAUGCUUUACAAUAAAAUCUGUCUUUUCUGAUAGAAACCUGAGCCACUGAAGAUAAGAGAGACAACUAGAAGCAGAGUAGAGUCCCAGACUAAGGUCUACGUUUGAGAGGCUUCGGAAGUAAUCCCUGAGGUUUGGAUUAUUUUCUAAGGGUUAUGAUGUUUUAUUCAAGUUUGUUGCUCCGUUUUGCACCUCUGCAAUAAAAGCAAAAUGACAACCAGUACAUAAGGGGUUAGCUUGACAAAGUAGACUUCCUUGUGUUAAUUUUUGUUUUUUUUUUUUUUCAUACUAUAUCUGCUACAGGCAGAUUCAGAUAGAUGUAUGAAAUGUGCUUGCCUGUAAAAUUGCAUUUAUAAAUGUGUUGCCGAUGGAUCACUUGGGCCUGUACACAUACCAAUUAGCGUGACCACUUCCAUCUUAAAAACAAACCUAAAAAACAAAAUUUAUUAUAUACAUAUAUAUAUAUAUAUAUAAAGGACUGUGGGUUGUAUACAAACUAUUGCAAACACUUGUGCAAAUCUGUCUUGAUAUAAAGGAAAAGCAAAAUCUGUAUAACAUUACUACUUGAAUGCCUCUGUGACUGAUUUUUUUUUUUUCAUUUUAAAUAUAAACUUUUUUGUGAAAAGUAUGCUUAAUGUUUUUUUUUCCCCCCUUUCCCCAUUCCCUUGUAAAUACAUUUCGUUCUCUGUGACUUGGUUUGGAAAUAGUUAACUGGUACUGUAAUUUGCAUUAAAUAAAAAGUAGGUAGCCUGGAAAUGAAAUUAAAA